AUGAUGAAGAUGAUGGUAAUGAUGAAGGUGAUGGAGAUGCUGCUGCUGCUGCUGAUGGGGACAUGGCAGCUCACACACAUGCCCAACAAGGUGUCACCGCAGGAUUCUUGGGGAGAGUUUGGUGGUGUUCGGGUGCUCACAAGGGCCCUAGUAAAAUCAGGGUACAGCCCUGCACCAGCACCAGCCAGCACCGGCGCGCCGUUCCCAGGGAAGGGCAGGAUCGGUGCCACAUUCCUGUCCGUCCACCCAGCACGAGGCCACCUUGACGGCUCCGCAUGGGUGCAGGGCCCCCUGGACUCAGUCAGCGGAGCGCAGGCGGGCGGCGGCCGUCCCGGAGAGGGGCAGCUCCACCGGCGGUGUGCGGACGCCACCCAGGGAAUCUGUCUGAAACACAAAAGCACAGCCAUGAAGCCCACCGGCGUCCUCGCCGUCCGGGACUGGCUCACGUCUGAGCAGACGUGGCGCUCCGGGCAGGGUGUGUGCACAUGUCCGCCAGCGCUGGGAGAACACGGCUGCAAGCUUUGUGGUUGCUUUGGAGAUGACCUGUCCCCUCACAGGGAGACCGAGUGAGGAGGACUCUGUCCUCACUCCAUCCCGGCUUCCGCACUGCCCCAUCCCUCCCCGUGCUGGGCUGCGCUGGUGCAGCCGUCUCCCGUCUGCAGCCUCGGGAAGCAGCGUCUGCAAGGGAAGAUGCCCCAGGCCUUGCUUGUUCCGAGGCUGCAGCUGCUGCACGGACGGAUACAGUUCUCACUCUCCGGAAGGGUAGUGACUGCAGGGGCUUCCCGAGAGGGUGCCCAGCACAGAGUGGCCGGCAUCCGUCCUGGGACCUCCACCCAGGCCCCCGAGAGCCCAGCCAGAGGCCAGCCUCCUUCCACGUACUUCCUGUCCUCCCCGGCAAACGUCUGUGCAGGUAAAUCUUCACGCAUCCGGACUCCCCCGCACACCCUAGGAGGGGGUCGCAUGGUCCUGGGGUUCCGAAGUGGAGACCAAAGCACGGAGCAGUUCGAAACCCAGCACUCCAGCCGGAGCCUUCCUCUCAGGACGCCUGGGCAGCUGGACACCUGAGCGCCGGCCACCGCGUGCUGGCGGGGUCUGUGUCUUCGGCAAAGUGGCCAGAAGAGGGCGCCCAUCCCUG